CCUGGAUGCAACGUGGGGUUGAUCAGGAGGACUUUCCUGGAUUUCUUCAGGCUCUGGAUACCCUGGGGAUUCCCAGACAGAACUAAGGGGCCAGGGGGAAACCCAGAGCCUACACAGACCCAGAAGGCAAAGCAGAGGGAAGUGAGAGGUCGGGCUCCAGCUGAAAGCCUGGGUCACCCAGGUCUCAUUGGCCUCUAUCUUCAUUCCCCUGACCAUCCAAAGCCAUGUCUGUGCCCAGACAGCUUCGAGAGGAGAGUGACUUUGAGCAGCUCCCCGAUGACGUGCCAGUAUCGGCCAACAUCGCUGACGUCGAAGAGAAGACGGGUUUCACCAGCCACUUUGUGUUUGUCAUUGAGGUCAAGACAAAAGGGGGAGCCAAGUACCUCAUUUACCGCCGAUACCGCCAAUUCUAUGCCCUACAGACCAAACUGGAGGAGAGGUUUGGGCCCGAGAGCAAGACGGCCCCCUUUGCUUGCACGCUCCCAACCCUGCCAGCUAAGGUUUAUGUUGGUGUGAAGCAGGAAAUCGCUGAGAGCAGGAUCCCAGCCCUCAACUAUUAUAUGAAGAAACUUCUCAGCCUGCCUCCUUGGGUACUGAUGGAUGAAGAUGUCCGGAUCUUUUUCUACCAGACUUCCUAUGAUUCUGAGCAGAUCCCCCAGGCAUUGAGACGGCUCCGGCCUCGGACCCGAAGAGUCAAGAACAUCUCCUCUCAGGCUCCUGGUUUUGACCGUCUGGGUACCCCAUGUGCUGAGGCUCUGUUCGAUUUUACUGGAAACAGCAAACUGGAGCUGACAUUCAAGGCCAAAGACAUGAUCUUCCUGUUGAGCCGAGUCAACAAGGAUUGGCUGGAGGGCACUAUCCAUGGGGCCACAGGGAUCUUCCCAGUGUCCUUUGUGAAGAUCAUCAAGGACUUCCCAGAAGAGGAUGAUGGCCUCACAAACUGGCUGCGAUGCUACUAUUAUGAAGACACAGUGAGCACCAUCAGAGACAUUGCUGUAGAAGAGGACCUCAAGAGCACCCCGUUGUAUAAAGACUUGAUGGAGCUAAUGAGGCAAGAGUUCCAUCGCAGCGACAUUGCUCUGAAUUACCGGGACAGCCAGGGGGACCUGGUGAGGCUGCUGUGUGACCAGGACGUGGAGCUGAUGGUGAAGCAGGCCUGGGCCCACCCCUCACAAAAGCGGCUCUUCCCCUGGAAGCUCCAUAUCACACAGCAGGAUGACCUCCAUGUGUACAACACAGCCCCUUGAGCUGGUGGGAAGGAGGCCAACCAUCCCCUCCUCUGGCACCUUCCCCAGCCAGGGCUCCUCCUGCUCCAGGUGCUCUGCUCCCAUGCCAUCUCCCCCCGACCUUCCGCAGCCUCAUUGAAAUAAACAGCUGGGGCAGCUAGGUGGCAUAACCCUGGAUUCAGGAGGACGUGAGUUCAAACUUGGCCUCAGACACUUGACACUUACUAGCUGUGUGACCCUGGGCGAGUCACUUAACCUCAAUAGCUUCACCAAAAUAAAUAAAUAAAUUAAAUUAAAUAAACAGCUGAGAGUCUGCAGCAUCAUCCCAAAGAAGCCCAGCAUUGGAGCCGAGAGAUGGAUGCUUGGGACUUCCAUCCAUAUACCUUUUUGCUUCCCUUAGACCAGAGAAUAUCAGAGCUGAUAAAGCUUGGGUUCAAGUACUAUAUCUGAUGCUUUCUCCCUGCAUGACUCUGUGCAAAUCAUCUCCCCUUUCUGGGCCUCAGUUUCUUCAUCUGUAAAAUAGGGGGUUAGACUAGGUGGCCUCUGAGGGCUAUUUCAGCUCUAAAUCUACAACCUAUGGAUCCUAUUCUCUGAUCUAAGGGACUUUAAAUAAAUGCAGGGAAAAGGGGGUUAGGUUCAAUGAGCUAUCCAAGUAGAUCCGGAUGUUGUCAGAGGGUUCCUGGCCUUUACAAGGUCACCACCCUCUGAGAGAAGGGGUACAAAUGUAAUAGCAACCCACACUUUAGAACUAGGGUUCACAUUUCAGAGCAGAGUGUGGAAACUCCUCAUUUAACAGUUGAGGAAACUGAGGUCCAGAGAGGAAGCCACCAUAGGAUUAUUGACUUAGAGCUGGAAGGGGCCCUGCUGGCCAUCCGGCCCAACCCCCUCAUUUUACAAAUAAGGAAACUGAGGCCCAUAAAGAUCAUAGGGUCUUAGAUCCAAGACUGGAGAGGAGCUCAGAAGUUGGCUACAUCAUUGCCCGCACUUUACAUAGCAGAAAACAAAAAGGUCAAAGUGCAAUGACUUGCCCGAAAUCACACAAGGAGUAAGGAACAGAGAUGUUUGAACUCCAAUCUUCUGAAUUCUUGCCCCAUGCUCUCUUUAUUGUUUCCCUCUUCAUAGGCAAAGAAACAGACUCAGAGUCUCUUGUCCAAGGUCACUUUCAAAAGGAAGUUAGAAUCAGCAGGAUGGAUGGGGGUGGGGGAGGCCUGGGCUCUUUUGUUCCCUGAAGCAGUUUGUCUCUAAUUUGCUGAGUCCCCAGUUAGAGCUGUGGUCAUUUCUGGGCUCUUUCCAUAUUUUCAGAGCCUGGCUCCUUAGUCAAAAAAAAGGGAAAAAACCCAAAAAAGCAGGUGUCUGCUCUGACUCUGCUGGGGCCUUCAAGGCUCAGCCAGACUGGAGACCGCUGAUGCAUGGGCAGAUGGUGGCAGCUUUCCAGUGGGCAGGGGCUGUUUUCAAGGCUCAGACCUUUCUGUACAUUGAUUGAUGGGCCAGAGCUUUGUUGCUGCCUCUCUCGCAACAUUUUCUAGAAUCCAUCAGUGAGUUUUCCAGAGGGAAGGAGCAAAUUGUUUUCCUGUUUGCUUGAUGGAGGACAGUUCUAACUUAGGGGGAAAAGCUCAUAUUGGAACUAUCCAAGUAGAGUUCCUCUGGCCUUGACUGAUGCUCUCCUCUGAAGCUUCAGCUUGGCUCUACGAGGCUCUUGCCAGUGGAUCAAAAGUGCUGGUGGACUCUUUUGAAUACAAACCUGGCAAAUGGAACCUAUCUCUUGUCCCAGGUGUGACCUUGCUAAGACAGGGAGGCUCAUUGCCAGAAAGUUGGUCAUCAAUGGAUGAAUUAUUUUGUUAUAACAAACAUUUUUAUUUAAAGUUUUAAGUUCUAAUUUGUAUCCCCCCUUCCCUCCCUCUCCCCCCUCCCCAAGGCAGUAAGCAAUCAGAUAUGGAUUCUACAUGUGCA